CUGGGCCCCGCUGUCAUGUUGCGCGCUCUGAACCGCCUGUCCCCGCGGCCCGGGUGCCGGCCCUCAAUCGUGCUGCUCCUGCCCGCGCGCGGCCGCAAGACCCGCCACGACCCGCCUGCCAAGUCCAAGGUCGGGCGCGUGAAAAUGCCGCCCGCAGUGGACCCUGCGGAAUUCUUCGUGUUGACUGAGCGCUACCGGCAGUACCGGCUGACGGUGAGCGCCAUCAGGCGGGAGUUCGUAUCGGAGGUGCGAAAGAAGGCGUACGAGGCUCGAUCCGGGGUCCUGGCCGAGCGCAAGGUGCAAGAGGCCGCCGCGGAGCACCGGGAGCUCAUGGACUGGAACCGGGAGGAGAACCGGCGGCUGCAGGAGCUAAGGAUAGCUAGGUUGCAGCUGGAAGCACAGGACCAGGAGCAGCGACAAGCCGAGGACCAGGCCCAGCGGGCCCGGGAGAAGCAGGCGUGGGUGCAACUGAAAGAGCAAGAAGUGCUCCAGCUGCAGGAAGAGGCAAAAAACUUCAUUACUCGUGAGAACAUGGAGAAACGGAUAGAAGAAGCAUUGAACUCUCCGAAGGACUAUAACUGGGCCAUCACCAGAGAAGGGAAGGUGGUCAGGAAGUGAGCACAGAGGCUCCUAGGGGCCCAAAGUAAGGACAGUGCUUACCAAGGAACCAUGUGUGUUGGAACAGGAACAGCACCCAUUCAUUCUAGGUUCUGCACUCACCACCUGAUUGGAAAUUGUUCUGACACCACAUAUAAACUCAGGACAGCAUGAGACUCUGGGAAGUUCCUACUACACAGGAUCAGUCUGGACUAUAUCCCUUCUAGCAGCCAAGCUAUCUUCUGAGUCUUGUGGGAUACAAAUGUUUGCUGCUUUUAUAAAUAAAGGUUUAUUGAAACCCA